CGGGCGUGUUCCGGGGUCUGGGGCUCCCGGUCCCGCGCGCGGCCCCGGCUCCGGAGAGCCUCGUCCCCGCGCCGCGUUUUGUUGGCUCCAGCGGCGCAGCCGCGGCGGAUCCGAACCCACUGGUGGGAAACCGCCUUCGACGCGGGCAGACCUUUCCCGAAUCCGCAUCCAUCGCCGCUGCCCUCCACUCUCCCUCGCCCCUCCAGCCCUGUACUGUAGCCGAGGGACCUGGGGGAGCGACUGGCGCGUCUGCACCGAGCCGGGUUUCACCAGGUAACUCUUCCUGCAGGAUGAAUUAAGAGAAGAGGACCCUUACCCGUUAAGGAUGGAGAGCAGCGUGUCAGUUUCCAGUAUGCAGGACCCUUCGUCCUCACCCUUGGAGAAACACCAGAGCUCAGCGGAUCAUAAUGGGGAUCUUGAUUCAGAAGAAGGCUCAAGCCUGGAGGAAGUUGGCUUUAACUGGGGAGAGUAUUUGGAAGAGACUGGCGCCAGUGCGGCUCCUCACACAUCGUUCAAACAUGUUGAGAUCAGCAUUCAGAGCAACUUCCAGCCGGGGAUGAAACUGGAAGUCGCCAACAAGAAGAACCCGGACACAUACUGGGUGGCCACGGUCAUCACCACCUGCGGGCAGCUCCUGCUUCUGCGCUACUGUGGCUACGGGGAGGACCGGCGCGCCGACUUCUGGUGUGACGUGGUGAUAGCGGAUCUCCACCCCGUGGGGUGGUGCACGCAGAACAACAAGACCCUGAUGCCCCCGGACGCAAUCAAGGAGAAGUACACCGACUGGACGGAAUUUCUCAUCCGCGACCUGACCGGCUCCCGGACGGCCCCUGCCAGCCUGCUGGAAGGUCCUCUGCGAGGGAAAGGCCCCAUAGACCUCAUUACAGUUGAUUCCUUAAUAGAGCUUCAGGACUCUCAGAACCCUUUUCAGUACUGGAUAGUUAGUGCGGUUGACAAUGUUGGAGGAAGAUUACGCCUUCGCUAUGUGGGAUUGGAGGACACUGAAUCCUAUGACCAGUGGUUGUUUUACUUGGAUUACAGACUUCGACCAGUUGGUUGGUGUCAAGAGAAUAAGUACAGAAUGGACCCACCUUCAGAAAUCUAUCCUUUGAAGACGGACUCAGAAUGGAAAUGUGCUCUGGAGAAAUCACUUGUUGAAGCUGCUAGGUUUCCUCUUCCAAUGGAAGUGUUUAAGGACCACGCAGAUUUGCGAAGCCAUUUCUUCACGGUUGGGAUGAAGCUUGAGGCGGUGAAUGUGAGGGAGCCCUUCCGUGUCUGCCCUGCCUCUGUGACCAAGGUGUUUAACAAUCAUUUUUUUCAAGUGACUAUUGAUGACCUAAGACCCGAGCCUAGUAAACUGUCAAUGCUGUGCCACGCGGAUUCUUUGGGGAUUUUGCCAGUCCAGUGGUGCCUUAAAAACGGAGUCGAUCUCACACCUCCCAAAGGUUACUCCGGCCAGGACUUCGACUGGGCCGAUUACCACAAGCAGCAUGGGACCGAGGAAGCGCCUCCCUUCUGCUUCAGAAAUACAUCAUUCAGUCGGGGCUUCACAAAGAACAUGAAGCUUGAAGCCGUGAACCCCAGGAACCCGGGAGAGCUCUGCGUGGCCUCGGUUGUUGGCGUGAAGGGGAGGCUGAUGUGGCUUUGCCUGGAAGGUCUGCAGAGUCCGGCUCCAGAGUUCAUUGUCGAUGUUGAGUCCAUGGACAUUUUCCCUGUGGGCUGGUGUGAGGCCAACUCCUACCCUCUGACCACACCGCACAAGACGGUCUCACAAAAGAAGAGAAAGAUCGCAGUUGUGCAACCAGAGAAACAAUUGCCAUCCACAGUGCCUGUUGAGAAAAUACCUCAUGACCUUUGUUUAUUCCCUCACCUGGACGCCACAGGGACCGUCAACGGGAAGUACUGCUGUCCGCAGCUCUUCAUCAAUCACCGGUGCUUCUCAGGCCCUUACCUCAACAAGGGGAGGAUCGCAGAGCUCCCGCAGUCCGUGGGGCCAGGCAAAUGCGUGCUGGUCCUUAAAGAGGUCCUCAGCAUGAUCAUCAACGCCGCCUACAAGCCCGGGAGGGUGCUGCGCGAGCUGCAGCUGGUGGAGGACCCGCACUGGAAUUUUCAGGAGGAGACGCUGAAGGCGAAGUACAGAGGCAAAACAUACAGGGCCGUGGCCAAGAUCGUGCGGACGUCUGACCAGGUGGCCGACUUCUGCCGCCGGGUCUGUGCCAAGCUCGAAUGCUGCCCAAACUUGCUCAGUCCUGUGCUGGUUUCUGCAAACUGCCCGGAGAACUGUUCCAUUCACACCAAAACCAAAUACACUUAUUACUACGGCAAGAGGAAGAAGAUUGUUAAGCCCCCGAUUGGGGAAAGCAGCGUUGAGAUCGGGCACCCUAAGCCAGCCAGACGCAGGAAACGGCGAAAAUCCAUUUUUGUGCAGAAGAAACGGAGGUCCUCUGCCAUGGACUUCGCGGCGGGCUCCGGGGAGGAGAGUGAAGAGGAGGACGCAGACGCCGUGGAUGAUGACACCGGGAGUGAGGAGACCGGCUCCGAGCUCCGGGACGACCAGACAGACACGUCCUCGGCCGAUGUGCCCUCCAUGCGCCCCCGGAGGGCCGUCACCCUGCGGAGCGGCCCCGAGCCUGAGCGCCGGGCGCCCGUCGAGAGGGCGCGGAGGGGCCGGAGGGCGCAGGCCACCCCCGGCACCGAGGGGGCCCCCGGGGGCCCAGCAGCCGGCCAGGAAGCAGCAGAGGAGAAGCAGGAGGAGGAGGAGAGGCUGGUUCUGGAGAGCAACCCGCUGGAGUGGACGGUGACCGAUGUGGUGAGGUUCAUCAAGCUGACGGACUGCGCCCCCUUGGCCAAGAUAUUUCAGGAGCAGGACAUCGACGGCCAGGCGCUCCUGCUGCUGACUCUCCCGACGGUGCAGGAGUGCAUGGAGCUGAAGCUGGGGCCGGCCAUCAAGUUGUGCCACCAGAUCGAGAGGGUCAAGGUGGCCUUCUACGCCCAGUACGCCAACUGACGGCGCCCGCGCCCGGGCGGCCUGCCGUCUCGGCCGUGCCGGGUCUGGGGGGGGGGGGGGGGGGGCGGUUCCAGGACAGGAACUUUUGUUUUCCCGGGAUGCAUGAGAUGGUCCAUGCACUGAGUGUCCCCCCAGGGCGAGCAGCACGAGGGCCUCCUCCGUCCACCAGCCGCUGCGUGUUCCCUCGUUUCCAAAGCCCCCCCCGGGCACCGCGGCGGCGGCGGCGGCUCCUGGAGCGUGUGACUCACAGCGCUGGCGCCAAACCCGCGCCCCGCCUUUCCCCCACCCGAGCCGGGCGGCUUCCUCUGUGCAGGGUUUCCUCAGCCGAGGCCCACGGCCUUUUGAAAACUGAGGCGGGCGAUGUCUCUUCCGCGGUGACGCAGGAGGAGCCUGGCUGUGCUCCCUCAGGCGCGCUGUGUUCCUAGACGCCUCCUUCACGCCCACGUGCGCCCGGGCCGCCACCGCCGCCUGCUCUCCCGCGCAGCUCCGGGCGCCGUUCCGGGAUGGCUAGAGAAGGAAGGACUCCCCCUGUCAGAGGAGCCCCGGAGGGGGUCUGGGCAGUGAAGGAGGCCGCGCACCACCGCGGGGAGACGGAUUUUCCUGCGUGACGGGCACAUCUGGAAGUCUGCAGCGAGGAGGUGUACCUGCCGUCUUUUAUGGAACCUCCAAGAUCUCUGACGUCCCGGUUUAGUUGUGACCAGGGCAGGGAGGGACUCUCAGUCUCUCGGGGAAUGCUGAGUUGUGCACCGGAGGCAGAGCUGAAUCACGGAGAGCGAGCGAGAGGGGCUUGAGGGAAGCUGUGGGUACCCCAGCUGCAUCCCCUUAGAGGAGUGCAGUCCUCGUCAGCCCCGCCCUGCACACGCCUCUGCGAUGGGGUGAGGACCAGCUCUUGACCCGGCCAGCGGCCUGUGCUAUGAUCCUGGCUGACGUUGACUCACUCUGGACCUCCUCCCGUAAAGGGACAGGUCUGAACUCCUGCCAGCUUGGCGGUGGCAGCGUCCUGCCCGUGCUGUCUGGGAAGGGGCCAGCUGGGCCACGGGGAGAAAAAGAAGGACAGUGACCCUGUGAGUCCCCCAGCUCACCCUGGCUUAGAGGUGGCUCAGGACACUUCUCGGGCAGUUUGCAUCCGGCCCAUCCUGUCAUUUGCAGCGAGAUCUGUGGCUCGGGGAACCGGCUGGCCUCUUGUACCAGGCACCGCGUCUGUGCACACCCGGGAGGGAUUCGAAAUAUUCUUUCAAACCCAAACAGACUCCCGUACUCUGCGGUGGCAGUCGCCCAAAUGCCUUUUUAAACUUAAACAUGAGGAAGCUGGGCCCGCACCUUGUCCAGGGUGGACGUGAGAAGCAGGGGCUGCCCACCCUUCUCUUAGUUCCUGGCCAUGAUCACCUUGAUCCCUUCUCUUACACGAGGGUCUCAGCAGCGCUGGUGACGCUGUCCUGGGGGGGCUGACGAGCUGCUCUCCUUUCUGCUCCACACGGAGGCCUGGUUAUCUGUCAGACUUUGAGACGCUUCGUUACAAAUGUAAACCCUGAUCGACAUUCUGUCACUGACACAGAUGAGAAUGGAAGACACGUAGUGGUGGAUACUAUAGGCUCCCCGUGGCUGGUUCCUGCAGUCAGGCUUCAGCGUCUGGCAGGGGACCUUGCCUGGACGCCUGGGUGGCACAGACCUGUGUCCUGGUCCGUGCAGACAGGAAUCACUGGCGAUGACUCGGGCCUGGCUGGCACUUGGAUUUCUCUCCUCUGAGCGCAAAUUUUGAUCCCCUCUUGGUUCCCCGACCCUUGCCUCCUCAGCUUCUCAGCCACGUGCUUUUGGCCUUCAGUGCCCAGCCCGGUGGAGUGGAACCCUGUCCAACAGUUGGGAGGAGCAUCCUGUUCAAGGUCUUUGGCAUUUUCCUGCCGUGGAUGCGUUUACAAUCCAUCACGGUGGCCUUUUCAAGCUGAGCUGUUCCUGCUGCGUUUGGGACAGGAGUGAAGGAUGGCGAGGGCUGCUGCCCAGCGUGGUCCUUCAGAAUGAGCAUCACCUUCUCCAGCCCUUUCCAAUAACAGCUCCCCGGGGGGCGUCUCAGGAGCCCACCCAGGGGAGCUGGAGCCCUCCCCGCCGGGCAGCCCUGGUGAGCCAUGGCCACCCGUUGUGGGGGCACAUUUCUUGCUUCCCGAGACUCUCCCUGUCCUCAGUCUCUGCGGAUCACAUCCGCUUGGUGUGUGCCAGGGAGGAGAUGCCGCGGCCGAGGCAGAAGAGGCCGGGCCCUGCGGCCAGCGUCACAAAGCCUGUCUCUGCCACCUGCCACUUCCCAGCCCCUCCCUGAGCCCGGAAACCUUUCAGGGCCAAGAAGAUGCUUCUGCUCUGAGCAUUGUCAGUGUCCUCCAACUCCGAUUCUUGGGGGAUUUUGGUGACAGUGGGUGUGCUUGCUUGAAGAUCAUGUUCAUGUCUCCAUAGGCUUCACCUCUUACCAGCUCUUGUCUGAGAAAAGGGGCCGGUUUCCCAGGACCGUUCUACUGCGUGUUACUGUUCUGUCUCCUUUUGGCAGGAAGAGUCCAUAUCACAUCACCGCCUGCGCCCAGCGUUUCUGGGCUAAAGCGUCUGGCCAGCGAUGCCCUCUCCCCUCUUCAUCCCCAGAUGCUCUGAUCCCCCACCGUCUCUCUGACAACGCUGGGACCAGAGUCCUCCCUCGUGUGUGCCUGGGUCCUGCGCAUACUGCGUGGCCCCUCUCCUCCCGGAACUGGCCGAGAAGUGUGUUUCCCCUCCGGGCCAAGCAGUCACUCCGCGGUCUGGGCCGCGCGUAUAACCUGAAAAGCAGAAAUAAAAAUGCAGCCUCGCCUUUAAUGCUGAGAGUUCCUCCCUCGAUCCUGCCCUAAAACCAGCAGAGCCUGAGUCGACCUCUGACCUCUUGACCACCUUUAUCCUGUGUUAGGGAAACAUCCUAUCCACAGAAGUGUCAACCUAAACAACCCGAAAAGAGCAAAGCAUAACCGGCAUUUACAGGAGAACGUCUUCGCUUAAAAGAAAAAUAGCAACAGAGAACUUAUCCAUCACUUCUAGAAUUGGGUUCAUUUGCUCCAGGUUGGACUCGCUGUGCGUCUUUGAGCUGUACAGCUGUGCGGUUUGCUUUGCCUUAUGUGACCAUGUUUGAGGGGUGAUUUCCUGUGUUUGCUUUGAUUUGUUCAAUAAAUGAAAAUGACUCAGAUCUUUUCACCGCCGCCACCUCCCUGCAGUCUCUGGAAGGUUGAUCGUGAUCCGCCUUUGAAGGCCGGUUCCGUUUCCUGAAUUCACGUCCUAGAGUUUUGAGUGUUAUCAGGCUGUGCUGAGGCUGGCCUUUACCUCUUAAACCAAACACCCCUUCCUGAGGGCUGUUCUCCCUUUGUUUUGGAGGCCUUUUGGGGGUUUCACACUUCGUUGGUAGAACACCCGUUUGUAUUUAUUUCUGUCGAUAGAACUUAGAAAAGCGCUCGUGCGAAAAUCUUUGUGGUUUGAACGUCAGGUUGCUAUUUGGGUAAGAUGGAGAAUCUAAGCUCCAGUCUUGCUUUCUUGUCUUGAGAAAGUUGUGACCAAGCGUGCAGUUAUUUGGGGGGGGGGGGGAAUGGUAAAUUAAGGUAUCUGUAGUUUUGAAGGGAAAAAUAUCUUUGCAGAGACAUACACGGCCCCUGACUCUUUUGUGCAAUAAUCAAACAGCAAAGGAAGGCUCUGUUGGCAACUGUCACAGUGGAACGAUUCCCUUUUUCCUUCACUGUUCUUUUCUGUUCAAGACUUUUCUGAAAAUUGCUUUACUCCCUUCAGCUCGGUUGAAUUUUCAGGUUGGUUGGUUAACCCUCCCAGCUUUGGCCCCUGGAGUUGCUUUACCCCGUAGCUGGAACACGACGUGAUACGAUCACAUUGUGCCAAGUUUGACCCAGUUGAUUGACCUAAAAAUUCAAAGUGCUGACGCACGGUGCUGCCUUGGGUUCUGGUUCGUAAAGGCGUCUCUGGUUUAGAUGAGCAGCAGUAACGCACUUCCCUGAGACGCACACUUUCUGUCUCACUGGUUUUGUUUAAAAAUGGCCAAGAUCAGGUACCAGCGAGUGCCAGUAGGUCAGGACCUCUGUCGCCGGACGGAGGGGGGCUUCCUACGGCCCGAAGAGGCGCUUUGAAGAAAAAGUGAAGUUCUGACAAGUGCUUGUUGAAAGUCACCUGAUGAUGGGAAACUGGAGACAAAAUGUUUUAAGUGACAGAAAAAAACAGUUGUCUCGUUUGUUCUGCAAAACGGAAGUGGCAUGAUGUCUGGAAACGUAAACUCUCUGUCCUCGUGACCGUCCAAAGCCCUCUUGCUGUUUCGCAUUCCAGUUUGAAUAGUUUGUAUCGGAAUUUGAUUCGUAUCUUGUGUGUUUUGGUGCAUAAAAGGGAAAAAAAAUUGGUGUUUUUGCUUUCGAGGUUUGCAGGACGAAGGGCAUGUUGUUGGUUUGCUGUAAGAUUGUAUUCUGUAUAUAUGUUUUCAUGUAAAUAAAUGAAAAUCUAUAUCAGAGUUAUAUUUUAAUUUUUAUUCUAAAUGAGAAAAAAGAAACCCUUUUUACUUGAAGAAAAUUGUAAGCCACGUUGUUAAUAAAGUGAAAAUAAAUUCUA